AUGGAUCGAAUCCAUCCUGAUGAAAAGAAAUGCCAAGAGCACUUUGCCGUCUGGCUCCAGGUACUCUCGCAACAACUACCUGUAUUGGCGUUGCGACUAACGAGUCAAUGUUGGCCUGGUUACGCUGUAACCGAAGUCUCAAACCUAACGACCAGCUCCUCCACUGCACGUUGCUCUGUGACGUUCGAGGAUGCAACCCGUGUACUUCUCUGGUUUCCCUUUCCCGGCGGUAGCCACAUGUGCGCUGAGAAGUUAAGCAACGAGGUAUCUGUAAUGAGAUACCUUGCGCGAACAACGAUAAUCCCCGUCCCCACUGUCUUUGGAGCCGGGACCUGGGAAUGCGGUCCAUAUAUUAUUACCGACUUCAUCGAAGGAAUUCCACUAUCUAAGCGCCUGAAGCCCAGCCUUCCCAGCGCCAAACGCGAUCUCGAACGGGCUUAUCACUGUAUAUCCCAGGUCAUGCUGGAGCUCUCUAAACAAACAUUUCCAAGGAUUGGAGCCCUCGUGCAGAGCUCGGACGGCAAAGCCCUUGCUGCCAAAAUUGAAGAUUUAGUCCAAGCCGACAAUACCCCCCACGGCCCAAUUCUUAGCAAGACUUUUGCCAACGCGUCCGAAUAUUUUACAGACAUAGCCACCCAACAGGUCCGCCAUCUGCGUUACCAGUGUCACAAAGGCCUGCUUGAAAACCAUCACUUGAGAGAGAAAUACAUAGCCCGGUGCAUGUUCCGGCGCAUAGCACGCUCGCUGGAAACAGAACCUGGCCCGUUCCGGCUAUACUGUGACGAUCUCGGCCCGUCGAGUGUUUUCGUCUUGUCUGGUGAAAAUGUGGACUUUAGCGUUACGGCUGUUACCAACUGGGAAUCCACUUACGUCGCUCCUAAUGAAUUCACCUACACCCUACCGUGGUGGUUACUCUUCCAAGCCCCGCAGGGGUGGGAAGAAGAUUUACGUCGGUUUAAGAGUAGAUGCAACCCUUGUCUUGACACAUUCCUUCGGGUUCUUAGAACCUGCGAGGAUAGAGAGAUACAUAAGGGGGAAUUAGAAGCAUCGCAGUGCCUGUCAAAUCGAAUGGCUGACUCGUUGGACAAUGGACUAUUUUGGUUUUGCCUUGCUGCGAGGAGAACCUCGUUACUCGAUGAUAUAUAUUGGACCUUUCUUGAUGAGAGGUACUUUGGACCGCUGGGGUCUUUAGACGACCGCCUCGAACUUUUGUCAGUUGACGAGGUACAGGAGCUAAAUCGGCUUUGUGGGGACUGA